AUGGCAUUUGGCGUGCCAUCCACUUUAUCAUGGCAUCACAAAGAUGCCACAGGAGAUCCCUACCCCAGCCUACCCUACCCCCACCCGUGGUCUCCAAAAGCGAACUUCGUCCUAGCUACCGAAGAGGUACCUCGAGUACAAAGCAAGCUCACGAAGACCACAACUACAAGGAAUGUAACUCAAAGAAGUCAAACAAAGUUACCUAAGAAGAAAUACGAAAGCUCUGGAAAAUCUUCACACAAGAUAUCUCGAAAGAGAGCUACCGAAGAGUUUGAGUCGUCGUCUGGAGUAGAAUGCAAGACAUGCGAUGAACAAAAUGGGAUUUGUGUGGUUUCGGAUGCCGUUUAUAGUUGUGUCUUGACCAUCCCAGUGGAUUCCCUUGAGAAAAAUACCGCCGCCAACACCACCAACUCCAACGUCAUCUCCAUCAUCAUCUACACAAUCAUCAUCGUCACAAGUCUUCAACUCAUCGCAUUUUUGCUCAUCAAAAAUCGUGGAAAAAUGUUGAACUGGAUCAACAGACGAUUCAGAAGGGGAGAAGGAGGAAUCGAUGCAGAAAAAGGAGAAGCCAAUGAAGAAGUCACUGAAGAAGUCGAGAAGGAGGCCAAGAAAGUGAUGUCUCCCUCCGCACCCAUGUACCCGUCCCUCGAAGCUGUUGAGGAAUCCGGCGAAACCGGCGAUUUUGUCGAAUCAAACAACGAAAUCGAGCAAGAGGACGUCGACGAAAUCACAGACGACUUGGACAGAGUCGCCGCCUGGCUCGACUAA